CGGCCCGGCCGCGGCGGCGGGGCCGGCGGUGCGCUCCGUGCCCGCGGCCGUGCCCGCGCCGGCGGCGGCCCCAGCGAGGGGGCUCGGCUCUGCGUUCCGCCGCUCCCCGCCGCCUCCAUGGAGCGCCGGCCGCGCCGCCUCUGAUGCCCGGCCCGGCGCGCACCAUGGGGCCGCUGUGGCUCUGCUGCCUGCCCCUCGCCCUGCUGCCGCUGCUCGCCGCCGUGGAAGAGACGCUGAUGGACUCCACAACGGCAACGGCAGAGCUGGGCUGGAUGGUGCAUCCUCCCUCGGGGUGGGAAGAGGUGAGCGGGUACGACGAGAACAUGAACACAAUUCGCACCUACCAGGUGUGCAACGUCUUUGAAUCCAGCCAAAACAACUGGCUCCGGACCAAGUACAUCCGGAGGCGAGGAGCGCACCGCAUCCACGUGGAGAUGAAGUUUUCUGUCCGGGACUGCAGCAGCAUCCCGAAUGUCCCAGGCUCCUGUAAGGAGACUUUUAACCUUUACUAUUUUGAGUCAGACUUUGACUCGGCCACCAAGACUUUUCCUAACUGGAUGGAGAAUCCUUGGAUGAAGGUGGACACGAUUGCUGCUGACGAGAGCUUCUCGCAGGUGGACCUGGGUGGACGAGUGAUGAAGAUUAACACUGAGGUGCGCAGUUUUGGGCCUGUCUCCAAGAAUGGUUUCUACCUGGCCUUCCAGGACUAUGGAGGCUGCAUGUCCUUAAUUGCUGUCCGCGUCUUCUACCGCAAGUGUCCCCGCGUGAUCCAGAAUGGGGCUGUCUUCCAAGAAACCCUCUCGGGAGCAGAGAGCACCUCGCUGGUGGCAGCCCGGGGAACGUGCAUCAGCAACGCGGAGGAGGUGGACGUGCCCAUCAAGCUGUACUGCAACGGGGAUGGCGAGUGGCUGGUGCCCAUCGGCCGCUGCAUGUGCCGGGCGGGCUAUGAGUCAGUGGAGAACGGGACCGUCUGCAGAGGCUGCCCGUCAGGGACGUUCAAGGCCAGCCAAGGGGAUGAAGGAUGCGUCCACUGCCCCAUUAACAGCCGGACGACUUCGGAAGGGGCCACUAACUGCGUGUGCCGGAACGGAUAUUACCGGGCAGACGCCGAUCCUGUCGACAUGCCGUGCACCACCAUCCCGUCUGCACCCCAGUCCGUCAUCUCCAGCGUGAACGAGACCUCUCUGAUGCUGGAGUGGACCCCGCCGCGGGACUCGGGGGGCCGGGAGGACCUGGUGUACAACAUCAUCUGCAAGAGCUGCGGCUCCGGCCGCGGGGCCUGCACGCGCUGCGGGGACAACGUGCAGUUCGCCCCGCGCCAGCUGGGCCUGACGGAGCCGCGCAUCUACAUCAGCGACCUGCUGGCCCACACGCAGUACACCUUCGAGAUCCAGGCGGUCAACGGCGUCACCGACCAGAGCCCCUUCUCCCCGCAGUUCGCAUCAGUGAACAUCACCACCAACCAGGCCGCGCCUUCAGCCGUGUCCAUCAUGCACCAGGUCAGCCGCACCGUGGACAGCAUUACCCUCUCAUGGUCUCAGCCCGACCAGCCCAACGGAGUCAUCCUGGAUUACGAGCUGCAAUAUUAUGAGAAGGAUCUGAGUGAGUUAAAUUCAACAACAGUGAAGAGUCCCACCAAUACUGUGGCAGUGCAAAACCUCAAAGCUGGCACCAUCUACGUCUUCCAGGUGCGCGCACGCACCGUGGCCGGGUAUGGCCGGUAUAGCGGCAAGAUGUAUUUCCAGACCAUGACUGAAGCCGAGUACCAGACCAGUGUCCAGGAGAAGCUGCCGCUCAUCAUCGGCUCCUCCGCGGCAGGGCUGGUGUUCCUCAUCGCUGUCGUCGUCAUCGUUAUUGUGUGCAACAGAAGACGGGGAUUUGAGCGUGCUGACUCUGAGUACACCGACAAGCUGCAGCACUAUACCAGUGGCCACAGUACGUACCGCGGGCCCCCGCCAGGCCUGGGGGUCCGCUCUCUCUUCGUGACUCCAGGGAUGAAGAUUUAUAUUGAUCCAUUCACCUAUGAAGAUCCCAAUGAGGCUGUCAGGGAAUUUGCAAAAGAAAUCGAUAUCUCUUGUGUCAAAAUUGAGCAAGUGAUCGGGGCAGGGGAGUUCGGUGAGGUGUGCAGUGGGCAUCUCAAACUUCCUGGCAAAAGAGAGAUCUUUGUGGCCAUCAAGACCCUGAAGUCUGGUUACACGGAGAAGCAGAGACGGGACUUCUUGAGUGAAGCCAGCAUCAUGGGACAGUUCGACCACCCCAACGUCAUCCACCUGGAGGGGGUGGUGACCAAGAGUUCACCAGUCAUGAUCAUCACCGAGUUCAUGGAGAAUGGCUCACUGGACUCCUUCUUGCGGCAAAAUGACGGGCAGUUCACCGUGAUCCAGCUGGUGGGCAUGUUGCGGGGCAUUGCGGCGGGCAUGAAAUACCUGGCCGACAUGAACUACGUGCACCGCGACCUGGCUGCCCGCAACAUCCUGGUGAACAGCAACCUGGUCUGCAAAGUGUCCGACUUCGGCCUCUCCCGCUUUUUGGAGGAUGACACCUCUGAUCCCACCUACACCAGUGCACUGGGUGGGAAGAUCCCGAUACGGUGGACGGCACCUGAGGCAAUUCAGUACCGAAAAUUCACAUCAGCCAGCGACGUGUGGAGUUACGGAAUAGUCAUGUGGGAGGUGAUGUCGUAUGGCGAGCGACCUUACUGGGAUAUGACCAAUCAAGAUGUAAUAAAUGCUAUUGAGCAGGACUAUCGGCUGCCACCACCUAUGGAUUGUCCAAAUGCCCUUCACCAACUAAUGCUUGACUGUUGGCAGAAGGAUCGAAACCACAGACCCAAAUUUGGGCAAAUUGUCAACACCUUAGAUAAAAUGAUCCGAAAUCCUAACAGCCUGAAAGCCAUGGCACCUCUCUCCUCUGGGAUGAACCUCCCCCUUCUUGACCGCACAAUCCCGGAUUACACCAGCUUCAACACUGUGGAUGAAUGGCUGGAUGCCAUCAAGAUGAGCCAGUACAAGGAGAGCUUUGCCAGUGCUGGCUUCACCACCUUUGACGUAGUGUCUCAGAUGACUGUAGAGGACAUUCUGCGAGUUGGGGUCACUUUAGCAGGACACCAGAAGAAAAUUCUGAACAGUAUCCAGGUGAUGAGAGCACAGAUGAACCAAAUUCAGUCUGUGGAGGUUUGAUAGCUACGUGUCCUCCUGCUCCUCUUCCUUGAGGCCCUGCUCCCCUCUGCCCCUGUAUGUCUGAGCUCCAGUUCCUGAGUGUUCUGCAUGGACCAGAGACAGGCAGCUGCUCUGAGGAUCACGGCAACAGGAAGAAACGCCUUGUCAUCCAAAACGAGACGUUGCCAAGAGCUUCUAGCAUUUAAGCAAUGGAAAAAGGGAACAAAAAAAGACAGCUAUUUUGAAACAAACAAACAAACAAAAAACUCUAUGAAAUAUUUUUAAAUAAUAAUAAAGCAAUUACAUUCUUGAAAAAGGCUCCAAGACCAAUGGGAGUCUCCAAAGGGAGAGAAAAGAGCAGCUUCAUCUGUUUCCUCUUGCACAAGGCUGCUGCAGCCGGGCCCGGUCACCUCUGGAGCAACGAGACUUUUUCAAGAAGAUGAAUGCAAAGAAAGGUCAGGAGAAGCACUUCUCCUUGUCCCACGGGGUGGUGGCUCUGGGAACGUGCUGCAGCCAGCAGCCCCUCCGGAAAACCCCUGUUAGCAAAUCGAAGGGGAGAGAGAGCUGAAGCUCUUUGGUGCUGUGGAACCAAGUGCAUCUCAGAAAUCAAUGGACUUCUUCAAAAGAUGAAGACUUUUUUUAAAAAAACAAAACAAAACAAAAACAAAAACAAAUACAAAUAAACUGAGACUAGAAGAGGCUGUUUCCAACAAAUGAGAAGGAAUCUGUAAUGCUUUGGGGGGUGGGGAUGGGGAAAACCAAUCCUUUUUACAUCUCUUAUUUUCUCUUGUCAUGGAACAGUUUUGUGAGAGACAGUUUCCUAAGGGUCCGUCCAUCUACCCUCCAAUGGCAUCAUUGUCUCAUACAUAUCAUAUGCACAAGACUUUUAGUGAUGUCCUCACUAGAUGCCAAUGAUCUUUUCCCGGAAGACUUCCCAAGUACAGUAUGUAGUAGUUUUUGAUUACAAAUGCUGACGUGUACCUUUAUUUUUUGGUUGUCAUUGUUGGGAGAUUUGUCCUUUUAUCUUGUUUUGUUAAGACCAGUUUGUGAGUUUGGGGUUGGAAAUUUUUGGUUGGUUGGGUUUUUUUUUUUUAAUGAAAAAGAAAUUACAUCUCCAAGCAUCAUAUCAUCCAAGAACUUAAAACCCUUCCCUGCGGAAGGAAAAUUGCAGCUUAUUGACAAUAUGCCAGGAGAAAAAUGUUUUUAUAUGCACAUUUCCUCCCGUUUGCUUGUUUGUUGUUUUGCGGUUUGUUGUGGCCUGGCAGAUGUUUCUGACCGUUGGGUUUGCAGUUGCUUGCCAAGAUGAAAUGACCACCCGCUCAAUUCAGGGCCGCUGGUGCAGGGGCAAGCGGCAUCACGGAGGGUUUGGGGAGGGGGGGUUGGUUUGUGUUGAGGAGGGAAAGACAGGAGGGUGAUGAGUUGUGGGAGGGAGCAAUGACUCCACAGCUGGAUGUCGGAGCGUUUUGGGAACAUCUGGCUGCUUAGGGAGGUGUCAGGUUGGUGCACGUACCACAGGGAGGCAGGUUGAGCCCGGGCCUCCAAGAGGAGCUCGUGGUGUUUGGAGUCUGAUCGGGUGGGCUGCCAGGGUGAGGAUGGUUCGCCACGGUCACCAAACUGUGCAGAUGUGCUCUGGGGCCUUUGGGCACCCACUUCCUUCAUUAGGUGAUGUGCCGGGGGCUCUGAAAUGGCUUCAGUCUCGGUCACCGCGAGGAGACCCUGCAACAGCAAAGGCAAAAAGCUCUGAUCUGGUAGCUCAGGUUCCAGAGGCAAAAUUCUGUGGUUGGAGCCAAAUGGUCAAUCAGUGGAUUUACAAAUAAUGGAAAUAAAUACUUCAGUUACUGA